AUGGUGGUGAUAGUCGGAGGCAGGAGAAAUGCGCUGCGAGUGCUAUUUUUCGUCUCGGCGGCCCUGGUGCUCGUGACGCUCGUGAGAGUUCACAGCGACGCCAGGAGCAGGAAUAACAAUAAAGUGAAACACAAGUUCAAACUCGCGCCCGUGGACCCGGCGUCACCGGAUGCGACCUACAAUUAUGCGUCGCAGUCGAGCAAACCAGCGGCCAUCUAUAAAGCUGUUCCGAAACCAGAGACGAGAGCCGAGAUAAAGGAUAAAUACAAGAGACCGCUGUUCCCGAACUCACCGUUCACAUAUGUGAUGGACAUCUACCACAAGGCUGCUGCAGAACUCAAAGACAAGAAGCAGGGGAUUAGUCUCUUUAAGGGGAAGGCAAACGACAAGUCCAAGAUUUUCAACUGGUGGGAGACCGGGGACUUGGACAGAGUGGAAAAGUGUAAAAUCUUGUUGGACGCUCUGUACCAUGAAGAUCCGGAAUGGAGCAACCAGGUCUUCCUUACAGGGUUCAAGAACGACGGGGAUACCUUCAAAUACAGCGCUCUCGGGACAGAGAGAUUCAGAAUCUACGACUACUGUUUCCUGUCCGGUGGGCUGGACAUCGGCGACGUCCUUAAGGGAUCCAAGAAGUAUGACGCCCUCGAUUUCCAACACAGAAUGUUCCCCUACUUGAAGGUCCCAAAGCUGGGUGAAGUGCUGCUACCAAAGAUUACAGAUUUGUCCACAAUGGCAGAAUUAUCGUUCAUAACCAGCGAUUUCGACUCUAAGAGACACAACGAGAAUUUCUGGAAAAGCUGGAGGGAAAUGUCAGAUGGGAAAGGUAUUAUCACCACUUUCAAUCCUAAGGCGCACGGCGACUACUUCCUCAGACAAUUGAAGAUCCUACAGUACCAAAAGAACACGCUGCCCAUCCAGAUCCUGGUCAGGGACGGUGACUUCUCAGACAGUUUUGUGAGGAAACUCGCCGACGCGGCAAGAAGAACCAACCAGAAAAUAUACUUGGUGAACUACACUGCAAUUCUCGACAAAUCAAACAUGGGUGAAUUCAAAAGUUACAUCAACAAACUGGCAGCAAACUUGUUUAACACAUUCGAGGAGUUCAUCCUUCUCGACGCAGAUGCAGUUCCUUACUUCCCGCUCGAAUCGUACUUGGAGCUCCCAGACUACCAGAAAACAGGGAUGUACAUGUUUAGAGACAGAAUACUCGACCACAGAAUCGACGACGCGUGCACCACCACUCUGGAGCACCUGGAACCAUCAAUGGAGGAGGCCGUGCUUUUGGGCACUUCGAUCAUGUACACGGUAUCUUCCAACGUGGUGCCCACAACCCCCGAGGAGAAAGUAUACGUCGGAAUGGUUAGAGAGCAUAUCAGAGAGAAUGUGGAGACUGGGUUGGUCGUUGUGGAUAAAAAAAAUAAACUACCAGGUUUGCUCAUGGCCCUUGCCCUAAAUUUGAGUAAGAAAUUAAACGCUUGCAUGUACGGUGAAAAGGAAUUCUACUGGCUUGGACCUUACUUUAGUGGCAUGUCGUACUCUAUAGAGGCAAAGGGCGCCGCUUUAACUGGGUUCCCAGAAAAGAUGUACGACGGCUUUCAGUACGUGAACACGAAGCUGUGCGAUUUCCACAUUGCACACGUCCGUGGGAAGGAAUUGUCCUGGAUAAACGGUGGGCUGAGAGAAUUCAAACCUGGCAGCGGUGGGCAGGAUGAAGGUUACGAAAACAAGCCUUGGAGAAUGAACGGGCUUUUGAUCCCAGACGAAAAAUUGAACGAAUGGGUCCAAACAAAGGCAGGCUUUGGUCUCACUUACUGUGCAACCGCUAUUGAGGUGGGUUCUGAUCAGAGUCCCUCAGGUGAAGUCAUAUGGUUUGACGAGAAAACCUAUAAUAAGAUUAACGAUAUAUCUAAACUGUGGAAUGAGGAUGGUGACCUCACUUUUGAAGAUAAAUAA